CAUGAACCAGGAAGAAAGACGAGUUUCCUUUUCUGAUGCUUCGUGGUUUUUUUUUUUAUUUGUCAUCAACAGAUAUUCGUGUUUUUUCUUCAAAAGAAUUAACCCACAAGGUGCAGUCCGAGUCGCCAACAAACCAUAUACAUGUUUAGGGAUGGCGAGCAUUAAGCUAAUUUCAGCAGCGGACUCUCAGUACUCUGGGACACUCCUGAAGGCUCUUAAUGAGCAGCGCAGCACUGGACUCUUCUGCGAUGUUACCAUUAUUGUACAGGACCGUAAAUUCAGAGCCCACAAAAACAUCCUGUCAUCUUCCAGCACUUACUUCCAUCAGCUUUUUUCAGUUGCUGGCCAGGUGAUUGAGCUUAACUUCAUAAAGGCGGAGAUUUUUGAAGAAAUACUGAAUUACAUUUACAGUUCAAAAAUCAUCCGGGUCCGAUCGGACAUUCUGGAGGAGCUCAUUAAGUCUGGUCAGACGCUAGGAGUCAAAUUCAUUGCUAACCUGGGUUUGCCCCUCUCCCAGGUCAAAGGAUUACCUGGUUUGUCAAAAGAUCCUGCACCGGAUGAUGUGGGUUCCAGUUCAUCAUCCAAAGGCCCAGGGUUGCAAAAUAUCCCAGCCAAAAAUGAUCUAAUUACCCAAGAGGCAGGUGGUGAAGCCAUGCCCAUUAUAACUGAGGCCUUCUCUCUGUCCAGCGAGGAAUUCAAGCAGUCCGAAGGUUUUGUUGACAAUGAUUCAGAUAGCGACGAUGUCAUAUUCUGCUCUGUAAUUACACCCCCAAAAUCAGGUGUAUCCAGCAGCACAGUUACACAAGGUCAGUCCAACAGCACAGUGACACAAGGUCAGAACAAGCCUGCUGAAAUUAUCGACUUGGAAGAAGAGGACACAGCAGAAAACAGUCAGCCUGCUCCUGUUAGCAGCUCCUCUAGGUUGAUUCAGGGCAGUACUGUGAAAAACUCUAGUGCUGUAACAAUACCCUCUAGUGAACAGGAGGAAACUAAUCCAGUGCCUGGCACAAGCCAGCCUAACUCCAGUUCCCUCACCUCCCUCCCAGAGCGAGAAAGUCCUGACACCAGCAUGAAUCUUGCCUCUCCAACUGGCUCUUCGUCUUGGGACAGCUUCUGCAGUCCCCCAUCCACCCCAGUUCCAGUGACUAGUUCCCCGACAGGCACGUACCCCAGCACUAAAGCAAAGGAAAACCAUGAGGCCAGAGGAGUCCAGAAGAAGCAGGUGGUAGCACUCUUAGAGAAUACUGCAAGCAAACCUGGUGAAUUUAAAAUCAAGCUCUCAGACAUAGGGUCGGCAAGCCAUUCCAGAAACGGAGCCGCUGAGUCGAAGGGCUCUGAAAACAUCACGGGUGGGAAGAAGAUCAUAACUUUGGACAAAGGCGCCGAAAUCGACGCUUUGUCGACCGGGUGCAAGGUGUACGCCAAUAUUGGAGAGAACACCUAUGACAUUGUCAUUCCAGUGAAAGACGACCCUGGUGAAGGAGAUUCCCAAUCCGGUGGGGGGAAGAAAUCCAGAACGGCUACAACUGAUGAUCUGGACACCUCCCCAAGCCGGAAAAAGAUCAGAGUGAAGCACGAUGACCAUUAUGAGCUGAUUAUGGACGGGCGGAUCUUUUAUAUCUGUAUUGUUUGCAAGCGGUCAUACGUGUGCCUGACCAGCCUGAGGCGGCACUUCAACACCCACUCCUGGGAGAGGAAGUACCCAUGCCGUUACUGUGACAAAGUGUUCGCUCUCGCCGAGUACAGAACGAAGCAUGAAAUCCAUCAUACAGGAGAGCGCCGCUACCAGUGCUUGCUUUGCGAAGAGUAUUUCAUCAACUACCAGGUGUUGUCUUCGCACUGCAAGUCCGUUCACAACCAGGAUCCCUCUGGGAAAAAGGAGAAGGACGACAACGAAUCCAAAUUGUACCGUCUGCUCCCUUGCAAAUCCUUGCAGCUCAGGCCGUACUCCUACGUCUCCAACCCCUCGGGUGAAAUACCCAUUAUAAACGAGGACGGACUCGUGUACCAUGUGGAUCCCAGCAAAGCGGCGUCCGGUUUCAGCCCCGGCUCCCAGCCUCUCGCAUCGGGCAAGCAGGUAGUGCACUGGGAUGAUAUUUUUGUCCAUCCUGGUUCGGGGCAGCCAGCGACUUACAUACAUCCCUCUGAAGGCACUUCUGAGUUUGAAUUUGUUAUACCAGAGUCCUACUGAAAGCACUUUGCUUUUUUCUCCUCUCUGUGGUCCAAGACAAACUCCUACUCUAAAACCAUGUUGGGUGUGAAUUUGAGUCACAUGUAUGUAGCAUGUCUCAACGUAGCACUGGCUUGGUGGCCUGAGGCAGCUAGGUUUUAGUAAGCAACCCUGGUCAAUUAAAUCUCUUUUUUAAUUUUUUUUUAAAAUUGUGGUAGGUGAACUAUAAUGUUUAGCUGGUUACUUUUUGUAUGAAAUUAUUCUUUUAAUAAGUUAUGUUACCCAUAGUUGGGUUAGAAAAAAAAAUAGAAAUCAAGUUGCAAAUUAUAUUCCAAGAUAAGCAUUUGCAAAAGUAGAUGCUGUUUAAACUACAAGGCAUAGGUUUCCUAGAAUAUGAAAAAACUGUUUAAAGUUGUUAGAGAUACGUGCAGCAGUUCAGUAUCUUAGGUUUUGUUUUUUGUAUAUACCAUGAUUUUAGAGCGCAGCAUUAUCGGAGAGCAUUCUAAAUUGCUUUACAUAACCAAGAAUGCUUAUCGACCCGAAAUAAAUGAUCUUUUUUCACAGAAGAUGUUGAUGAGUUGGCAGAUCUAUCUGAUGGCGAACGUCUUCACAUUACGUGCCUGUCAAACAAUCUGGUGUAACAUGAAAAGCAGACCCGGUAUUUAUAGAAUUCUUUCUGGCCCUAGUUCCGGAGUUGUGGUUAUCACUGACACUUUUACAGUUUUUAGGUAGCAGAUAACCUAAAUUACAGUUGCAGAUAUUUGUAAAAGAAAAAAAAAAACAUUACAUUCAGACUAGGUAAUCAUAGGGUGAAUUUCAUCCUACAGUGAAAAUGUUACUCUCUUAACAGAUACUCAGCUGUUUAGAAAGGUAUAAUACGGUGUACUUUUGGUGGAUAUUUUGAAUGUUCACGGGAGCAGAAUGGUUAAGCCAAGGUGGGUUAGGGUCAGUCCGUCAUCAAACUGGUUUAAAGCCUGUGCUGUUUUUAAAUUUUUUUUUAAUGAACUUAAGACUAAAAACAGAUAAUAAAGCAGAAACAGCAAUGUCCAGAAUACAAGUUGUAAAAGAAAAUAAUUAAAUGUAAUGUUCUCUUUUUGUUCAGCAUUGUUCAUGCCUAUUCCUGCAAUAGAAAAGCUAGCUCAUGAAUGGCUUUGGCUCUUUUCUUGUUUCAUGUUUAGCAAAAACAUACAGCUGAUAAGGUUGAUGAGUAGUGCAGGAAUGAAUUGCUGUCCAAUCAGGGUCUAUGUACAAUGCAGUUUAUUUACAUCACAUAAUACAGUUGCUCAUGAAAAGUCAGGUGCUGCCAGUGCAGGUGCAGGUUGCAGUGUUGUGACAGUGUUGAAAUCCUGGGUGGUUGUUGCUGUACAGUACAAAAACACAUCAGUAGCGAGGGACCGUACUCCCGUAGCUGCGUCACCCUUGUACGGCCAGACUCCUCCCCGUGAUCAGCACGGUGCCACGCUCUAUCCAAUCACCGCACACCACAGCCGAUCACAAUAGAGUCGCAGUCUUACAGCUACCAGUGUUCCGGUUCUGUCCUACCACCAACUUUACUUAGCGCCUUUCCAGGUCAGGAGGUAGAUUUGCAGCACAGAUUCAUUCUGUCCCGUUGACAGGUUGAUGUCCAUAAUUUUAACAGUUUGGCAAUAUAUAUAUAUAUAUAUAUAUAUAUAUAUGCGCACUAUUUGAAUAAUGUUGAAGAGUAGGCAAUGCCUUUUAUCAUGGAAAUGAAUCUUAAAUUGUAGUUGCUAUGUUAGAGAGAGAAGGGGAAUUAACUGUCUAAAUAGGGGAUAUUCCUGAAACAUGGUGCUGGAUAUUUCACACAUAUUAUCUUACUGUCCUGAGACUUUUUUUUUUUCCCUUUCACAGACACUUGACUGCUUAAGGCCACCAAGCCAAUUAGUGUAGAUCAGCCAAAGUAACCCAAUGUUCUGUACACCAAGUUAGUGUAGCUUGUAAGAAAAGAAGAUAAAUCUGCUGAAGGGAAUAAAAAAGGGAUAGAUAUUUGAAGUGCUUAACUGUAUUGCUGUAAAAUUGAAUUUUGUGUAGGAAAAGUGCUAACCUAAACCCUGAUUCCAGAUAUGGCACUCUGUGGCACAUGCAUAGAUAGUGUAGUUCUGUCUAACUUUCAUUCUGAUAUAUCCCAUUUGCAGAGUUGAGGUUUAGCACUUUGUUCCACUGAUCUUUUAAUUUAGUGUUCUGAGGAUGAAUUUUAGCAUUCAGUAGGAUUCUUGGCUCACCUGCCCAGUGCUUAUGUAUGGGGGUAAAUGUAAUGUAUUGUGAUAGGCUUGUUUUUCCCUGUAACUAACAGCCUUCAGCAUCUGAUGUGUGCAGAAAAGGAGGAUUUGACUUCAGCUUUAGGAGAAACAGUCUCAUUCUCUUAAAGAAAUAGUGCUUUUACAGUGCAGCCAAUAUAACAAGCCCAUUCUAGCAAACAUAUUUGUCACAAUGUUAAAUAAAUGUUUUUUUCAUAUUUUGGAAUAUGAACGUUCAGUGGAAUCUGCUUUAUGACGUACAGUAACUUUACUACUGUAUUAGUAAAAAGCUUGUAACUGUGGGUGUGGGGGUCAACAGGGCUGAAAAAAUAUCCCUGUGCCAGUCUGGCCCACUAACCUAACAAGGGCCGUUCCCGAACCGAUUGCCAACAUUUAACUGUAUCAAAAAUAAUAAAGGAGGAUUGAGAACAAGAAUGUGCUUUAGUGGGGAUCCAGGCAAACCCGUGCAUGGCUGGACCUUAAUCAUGAAAUAUCAGCAGUGGCUUUGACGUUCCCUGGGCAUGGCAACACUGUGGCACUGCAGUUCAGGGGUGAUUGUUUUAUUCCUUAUGGUGGAAGUUAUUGAUUUCAUUUUCUAGAGAACCCCACUAUUUUUAUUCUAACGCCAUCCUGUGGUGACAACAAGCAGACUCCAGUACACAAUUUUUUUUAUAUAUAACAUUAUGCUUUCAUAUAAAUAUACUUCCCAUUGCAACCCCAGAGGCUGAUAUCUGUCUCUGCAUGCACAGAUACCUGAAGCUAGGGCGGUCUGGAUCUGGGAGGGUGAUAUAUAAGUGCGUUGGGCUAAUCUAGACAAGACGAGGAAGGCAUGCAGCCUAGUGAUACCUGCAUCUCCAAGACAGGGCUGUAAUUCUGAAUACAGUUUAGUGUGGGGAGGCGAUAUAGAUUUGUAGUGUUAGAAAACCAUGAAGAAUAUGACACGGCAACCUGAAGGUUGUCAGUGGAUUGAGUGUUCUUGGUAAUAAGGUGUGCAUUAGUGAUUUAUACUGGAUGCUUAAUAACCCUUAUUUAUAGCACUGUUUGCUACAUGUGCUGGCCAGUAGAAGCACUUCAGAUCUAGUUGUUUCUGUGUGUGUGUGUGUGUUUAAAGUACAAUACAGUGCUUGCUUAAUUUUCCAACUGUCUAAAUUAACUGUCAAAGCUGUGCUUCUGCUUUUCAAACAACUUCUGUAAAUAACUGUACUAAAGCCCUUUACUUAACAUUAGAUUCUUGUUUCUUAUUUAUAGCUCUUAGUGCUUUUGAAAAUGGAAAUAAAACUUUAUGAAUAUACAUUCUUUCAGUGUUUGUGUCAUGAGGGGAACACUUUGUAGAUGCCAUGUUGUGAGUUGGUUUCAGAGCUCUGUUCCAGCUUUCCUGCACUGCGCUUGCAUUCUGUACAGGACACUUUUACAAUUCCCAGGUAAUCCACUGUAUGUAUCCCUAGCAAUGACAUUUUUUUUUCCAAGGAUUUCUGAAAACAUGGGAGGACAGGUGAACCAAUCAGAAGAGAAACAAAUUCUUUCAUCAAUGGAGGAGCGCGAUAUCUUAAAAAAAAAAAAAAAUGUAACCUCAAUGUUAACUAUUAGUGAACAGUUGAAAUGUUCAUCUCAAUGAAUUGUCGUUUUUGUAAAAACAUACAGUACACAUUUCUUCGUAGCACGAGCAAAAAUAAAUAAGUAAAAAUAAUAAAUCCAGUUUGUUUUAUUCCUUUAUACGUACACAGACACGCAUUCUUACAAAAUGGCUUUAGAUUGAGACAAGAAAACAAUACAAGCCUAGUCCUUAAAGAAUGCACGAAAAAAAGCAAAAUUCAUCGUUUUUGAAUGAAGAAACAGUAAACCAUUUAUAACCUUACAUCUUUGGCGACUGUCUUCAUUCCAGGUUCAUAACACACAUGCAGGUGACCCAUGAAGCAGCGUCACCCUCCCUCGAACUGGAUCAUUCCUGUCUGCAAUCGGCUUGUGAAACAUCUGCAGUAAUGUUCCACAAAUGUUUUUCCAACAAUUCCCUUGGCUCCAUGAGGUACAAGGUGGACAGAUUACUCAUGGUUGGGAAUUUGUGUUGGGGCGUGUGUGCUAGAGUUAGGAAGUCCUCAAGGAAAAAGGUAUAGUAUUGAUGGUGUAAUAAAACCACUCCUAGAGGAAUGUCUAUCAAAUGUGUAACACCAUAGGUGCAAAACCUACUGCCAUAGCAGAAAAAAAAAAAAAAAACUAUUAGCGCUGUCCCCAAUUUGUUUAUUAUUUUUUUUUAUAUAGACUGAGCUACAGGAGGAUGUUUAUGUGUGAAUUUUGGAUGUAGUGGUCGGGGGGGCUAUCUUAACACAGUAUUCCAUAUUAAAAGUUAUUUCUACUAACUAAUGCACAGAACAGGAAGGGGGAGGGUGCAGAGUACACCUGCAUAUUGAACAGCCCGGCACCAAAACAAGUGUAAGAGAUGUAAAUGAGGUAUGAGCUGACUUUAAACUCCCUGCAGUGAGAUAAGACCACUUCAGUGCGAGGGCUCUCUAGUGAUGACUGGUUCCACUUGGUGUAAUCUACUGUAUAGCUGUGGCCAAAAGUUUUGCAGCACCCUAUAGAAUCAACUGACUUUGCUUCAUAAAGUCGAGUGAAACCUGCUG